AUAAUUGAUAUUAAAUUAAUGGUAUAUUUCUCUAGUUGGUGCUUCUUAAAGCAGCUGACUUUAACGUUGACCCCAGGAUCACUGAAAGUAGGUUUCUUUGCUGUACUUCACACAACGGGAAACAGAUGUUUUAUAAGUUUCCGGCUUCCCACCUGGUUGGCUAGGUUUGACAGGGCGAUACAGCUGACUGCACUGCACUGAAACACCAUUGGCACCAAAGCGUUAGUUAGUUUAAUGUAUCUCCGUUGUUACUCGAUGAACUGGACUGACAUCGAGCAGUUUGUUCAGUUAGCGGAGAGCUCGUUUUGUAAAGUGGGUUUGAGGCAGACGGUCGUGAAAAUGGUUUAAUCAAAAUUAUGACGACAACAGAAAUAUUGAAUUAUUUUUCCCAUUACUUGUGCCGUCGGUUUGCCAAAGUGACUAGGACUGUUUUGCCAAUAGUUUCGUUAAUCGUCGGAUCGAGCAGGACCGCUUUCUCAGGAUUCUGUUACGCUAUAACUUCGUUUAAGGUUCACCUGACUUGAAUAAACAAAUAUUCAGUUUGUUUUAUGAUGAAGAGUUUUAUAGGUUGUUUUUUCACACUCUUGGUGAAUUAAAGCAAUGUUUGCGCAAGACAUACCAUGAAGACAGCAAAGAGCUUUCGAGUAGACGGAAGCGAUAUAGCUGAAGGUUUGUAGAUUGGGCAGUUAAUUAGGAUAUUAAGAGUGACGUGACUGUUUCUAAUGAAAGUUAAGAAAAAUAUACCAUAUUCAUGACAAAAACGGUCAGAAACCGUCCUUUGAUGCCCUUAAUAGCCCCCUCCGGAGCUCUUUCCAGCACGUGAUGUAUCCUCGUCGAUACUGCAGUGUGUGGCCUCAUCGCGGCAUCUAUUACGUCAAUAACCCACCUGAUUCCCUGACGCUGUGCACCCUAGGAAUUGGAACGGCUUUUGGAGAUGGUGUAUUAAACAACAGUCCUCAUACGGCCACCGUGAUAACUAACGAACAUUGUGAACUGCUUAGGAUUGAACAGCGGGAUUUCCAAGAACUAUGGGAACGGAAUCCUCACCUAAUGGAAGACAUUGUAUCACCUUUGAACACUGUCCGUUCUCUGACAGAUCUUCACAGACGAGGAGAGAAAAAAGAUACAAAUGGAACAAGCCGGAACCUUCCACCUUCAAACAAACAUCCAGAACCUUCUUCGCCAGAAGCUCGAAACCCAGCCCUGCCAAUUACUCAGGAACCCUCUGCAAAAUUAAGAAGAGCAGGAAAGGUGCUCCGUACUAUGAUAUUCAGCCACGCACCUCAUCUCAUUCGUGACAGGAAGUAUCAUAUGAAAACAAUCCGUCGGUGUCUUGUUGGAACUGAAAUGGUAGACUGGCUUCUUCAGCAAGCAAUAGGUGGCGCUGUACGCAUCCACUCUCGGGCCCAGGCUAUAGGCAUGUGGCAAGCGUUGCUGGAAGAGGGCGUGAUAUCACAUGUUUCACAGGAAUAUCAGUUCAAGGAUAAGCACCUGUUUUACCGGUUUCGGGAAGACCAGGAUGGUGUUGGAACUACACCCUCUCAGGAUGAUCGUCACCUUGCCGAAAAAGAGUUUCAAGAAUCUUUAACAGUGUUACUCCAGCUGUCACCUGAAGCUAUUCUACGAACCAUAAUUCGCAAGCCCCCUGAAGAUCGAACGGCGGAUGACAUAGAGGUCAUCUUCGAAGAACUGUUGCAUAUUAAAGCUUUAUCCCACUUGUCCAACAGCGUAAAAAGAGAGUUAGCAGGAGUCUUAUUUUUCGAAUCACACCUAAGAACCGGGACAGUUUUGUUCAACCAGGGAGAUGAAGGUACGUCGUGGUAUAUUAUUCUGAGGGGAAGCGUGGAUGUUGUUAUUUAUGGAAAAGGAGUGGUUUGUACAUUGCACGAAGGUGACGACUUUGGAAAGUUGGCCCUAGUAAAUGAUGCUCCAAGAGCAGCCACCAUCGUGACAAGAGAAGACAACUGCCAUUUUCUGCGUGUAGAUAAAAUUGAUUUUAACAGGAUACUUAGAGAUGCAGAGGCAAAUACCGUUAGAUUAAAGGAGCAUGGGCAGGAUGUGCUGCUUCUUCAGAAAAUUCUUACUGACGUCAGAGGUGUCGAGGGAAGCCAUUGUCACUACAAUGGCUGUUUGUAUCCAUCUCUCGGUUUUUACACCUUUCCCAUUGGUUCUCUUGUGAGUUCAAAGUUUCGGCUUGUGACCAGGUACGCAGUGAUGGCAGGAACGCCGCAAAAGAUGCUUGAACACUUAUUGGAGACUAGGAUAGACAUUAGAGUUGAAGACGGAACAGGUCCAUUAACGUAUUCAAAGGACACAUUCCUGGAGGACUUCUUGCUAACCCACGUCAUAUUCAUGCCUAGUCAUCAGUUGUGUCCGGAACUUAUGAAACAUUAUAAAGUAGACUCUGCUAAUUCCCGCCAUGAGAAGGAAUUUAUUGUUGCCAAUAAACGACGAGCAGUACAGUUUGUUCAUACUUGGGCCAUUGUUGUACGAGAAGCUUUCUUCGAAGAUCCUAUUAUUUGUAGCUUUUUAGACGAUUUGCAAGCGUUAUUGUUGAAGGAUUUUGAACUUUAUGUGGGCGAUCUCCAGAUGGAAGUGAAACUACUUGCUAAAAUGAUCGAUGCUAAACAAAGAUUUCAGGUCGACUUGGCAAGUAGCGCUUCCCAGCGGUGGAAGAUAUCAAACAGCGGUCAACUAGAACGGCUAACCUCCAGCGGCUCUGCAGAGGAAGACGAAGACGAAGAUAGACAACCAAUCAAAUCCACAGAUGAAAUUAUUUUUCGAGUCUAUCGUGCUGACCAAACUUACACUACUUUAAAGACACCAACUGCAGCCACUGCUGAGACCAUUAAACGCAGUGCAGCUGAUAAGCUUGGACUAAAGGAUGACGUACUAUUAGUGGAAGUUAGGUCUACAGGAGAAAAGGUACCUUUCAAAGAUGCGGAAGUUAGUGUUCCAACUGGGCUCAGCGUUAAUGGAAAAAUCUUCGUCUGUACUGCGGAUCAGAUAGAUUCAUUAAGACCUCUACCGGAACAAGAAGGACCAUCAGAGGGAACAGGCGAUGUUCUCGAGACAUUCAGUAGUCAUGAUUUGGCUCACCAGAUGUCUCUCUAUGACUGGGAGCUGUUUACUGUAGUUCAUGAGUAUGAACUAACCUAUCAGGUGUUUGGACGUCAUCAGUUUAGGAAAUCCAUGUCUAAUUUGGACGUCUUCCUUCGGAGGUUUAACGAACUUCAAUUUUGGGUCGUCACGGAACUUUGUCUAGCAUCUUCUCUCAGCAGAAGAGUCCAACUUCUUCGAAAAUUUAUCAAAGUAGCAGCAUAUUGCCGAGAUUACCAGAAUCUUAAUGCCUUUUUUGCCAUCGUGAUGGGGCUGAGUAACGUCGCAGUAAGUCGAAUGUCCCAAACUUGGGAAAGGCUACCCGGGAAGCUGAGAAAGUUGUACGCAGAUUUUGAAGCUUUGAUUGAUCCUUCACGAAAUCAUCGACGCUACAGGAUUAUUGUUGCGAAGUUGGCGCCACCUAUAAUUCCUUUUAUGCCUUUACUUCUCAAAGAUAUGACAUUUUCUCACGAAGGCAACAAAACCUAUUUAGAAGGACUCGUCAAUUUUGAAAAAAUGCACAUGAUUGCACAGACAUUACGUACGCUGAGGUAUUGUAGGAGUCAAGUUUUAGCUCUUGAGCCUCCACCAAUAAGUAAAGUCCAGCAGGAAGUAAGAGAAUACAUUAGAAAUAUAAAAGUUAUUGACAAUCAACGUCGUCUGACUCAACUAUCUAAUACCCUAGAACCCAGACGGCCUUGUUGAUGACAAGACACCUCUGAAGCUCGAAAUGUAACGUAAAUAAAGCUCGUGAAUGAAGUGAUCAGAUACAACAUGAAGAGGACUUUAAUGUGAUAAAAGAACAUAAUGGUAGAAACAACACACACAAUUAAUUAGUAAAGGGUAUUUGUACAUUGGGAAACCUCUUCUCUUGAUAUUUCUGUGUUUGAGACAUUUUUUUUGUUUGUAUUUAUUGUUGAACUUAAUGAAAAAUACUUUGUUAUAUCAUAAAAAAUAAUUGAAACUUAGCCCUAAGCAAGCUUUGGUGUUGAGUAUUAUAGGACACAGUGGUGUUCUUGUUUAGAUAGUUUCAAACUAGACGUUAAAACGUGCUGAACAGUAUUUCACCUGGAAGCUCGUGUUGUAUGCUGGUUUUAUUUCUUUAAGCAUGAAAAGACAAUCAUAUCAGAUGUAUAGUAAGUUAUCCAUUCAACUUAUUUCUGAUCAACGACGUACGUCUGAACAGUUGGUCAAAUAGUACAAGUCAAAAUAGUUGUAAGCACAAAUUUGUAAUUGUUAUUCAGUGGCUAUUCUUCCGAUUUUUGUUAAAAGUAAUUUCUUUAUUUGACUUCUUCUAUAAGUAAUGAUACUUUAUACAAAUUCUGAAUAAGUAGUUUGAAAAUAUUAAUUAAAACUGACUAGUUUAUCAGUUGUAAUGAUUUAAUUGUACCACGUUUCUUAUUAUUUCUACAAAGAAUCGGUUCUUGAAACACCAUAUAUUUUCCUGUCAUACUUUUUUACUGGUUUUUUAUAGCUAAAUCAUGUUUAUUGUCGUCUUCAGUCUGUGUUUAGAAAAAUGAAGCACAUUUUGUAAAGACGUCCAGUUCAUUAUUUAUUUAGUUUCAUAUCUGCAAUCAGUUUUAGGGUGUUAUGUAAAGCUAAAAAGUGUUUGCAAUUAAACCAAAAUGAAUAUUUUGAUAAAAUAUCGUAAUACAUCGUAAAUUUUUAAUUGCCAUAACAAAUACUGUAAUGUAACUUUUACUAACAUGUGAGAAAUCAUAAAUUGUCACCUUUUAAAUAACUUAGACCAAAUAUAACAACAUUACCAUUACACUAACUAAACUAUAAGACACGUUCUGUAUACUAGUUACUAACCUAUGACAGAUAUUACAGUGUAACUUAAUAAUCUAAGAGAGUGUAACCGUUUGGUUGAUGCUCUAAUAUGAUUUUACUAACCUAUGACAGAUAUUAUAUACUUUGCAACUUUCAUCGAUCUAUAACUAAUAUCACACUAUAGUUUUUACUUAUCUGACAGAUAUUACAAUGUAACUUUCACUGACCUAUGGCAGAUAUCACAAUGUAACUUUCACUUACCUAUGGCAGAUAUUACAAUGUAACUUUCACUUACCUAUGGCAGAUAUUACAAUGUAACUUUCACCGACCUAUGGCAGAUAUUACAACGUAACUUUCACCGACCUAUGGCAGAUAUUACAACGUAACUUUCACCGACCUAUGGCAGAUAUUACAAUGCAACUUUCACCGACCUAUGGCAGAUAUUACAAUGUAACUUUCACUGACCUAUGGCAGAUGUUACAAAGCAACAUUUAUUCACAAAUGUUACACUGUAACGUUUACUAAGGUAUAACAGAUAAUACUAAGAUGUUUACGUGUUUAUUAACCUAUGACAAAUGGUAUAAUGGGCUUGUAAUUGGUCACAGAGUAUUUUACCUGGUAGAAGUGUUAAAUAGCUUUGGAUAACAUACUUCGCAAUAGACAUAUUAUCUAAUUAUGAAUAUUGCGAGCGGCGGAACGGACUUCUUGCUGGAAUCUUUUAGAAGAUAUGUUUUUGUGAGCUCAUCUUGUUUAUCAGAUAGUUCCAAUAAGAAAUCAUAAGGUGAAUGACUUUCCCACUGAAAGUUUGGUCGGUAUUCGUUGAAUAGAAGGCAAGGAGACCAAACUUAAUCUUCUCUAGACAUUUUCUCCGAGUCUAAUCACGUUAUAAAAUGUUAUCAGUUGAUAAAGUCACAAUAUAAACGUGUUCUAUAAUAAAGAUGUUUUUUUUUCCCAAACGUAAAGAAUGAGGGUGCGCUGACACUAGAAUAGAAGUUUCAGAUUGGACUGAAAUUAGAUUUUUUUUUCCAAGACUAAUGAAAAUUACAAAGAGUGAUCUUUCCACAAAAUAGGUAUUAGUAAUUUAUUAUUAACACUGAAUAGUCAAAGAUCUAGUCUAUGAUGUUUGAAUAAUACUGCUCUUAGUGUGAAUUACUAAGGGAAGUGUUGAUGUUAGGUGUGAUAUACGUUAUCAUUACGUGUUAUCCUUGUGAUAUCACGUCGCUUUGUCACUAACUAAGCGGAAUUCCUUAUACAUGGUAGCUUUAUCUAUACAUUAGCUUUAGCUAGUAUUAGCUUGCCUUCUUGCAGUCAUAUAAAUCCACCAUUAGUAAAAUACCAAUAACGUCUUAUGGCCCAUUGGCUUUUAGAUCACCGAUGCUAUUUUGUUUUGGAAGAAUAAAAUCAAUUCAUGCUUUCCUUUGGUUAACCUUCUGUCUUAGUAGUCCCCCGAUAGGCCAGCAAUUAGUUUACUAAAUUACAGCGCUAAAUUCUGGGGUUCAAUUGUCUGCGGUCGGUACAGUAGAUAGCUCAAUGUGGCUUUGCGCUCAAACAAUCAAACACGCAAACUGUUUUUAGCAUCUCGGUGAAAACAGUAAUGUUUGUUGGUGUUACGUUAAGAGUAAAUAAUGUUUGUCAUGUCGAAUCGUGUUGGUUAAAAGUCUGGAAACCAAAACUGAGUUAAGCGUUAAAAUUGGUGGGCAAUGUGAAAAUGAUAUCUAAACUUGUACGUUAAAAUAGAACUGGAAUCAAAAACUUUUGGGAUCAUUAAAAUAAUAGAGAUAUUUCCGUUAAUUUCCGCUUUGAGGUAAUAAUAUUCAAUAAUGUAAGUGUUGUGUUUCUCUUUCAUAAAUGUCCGAUUGUUCUCGGCAUACUGUAAGUAUCGAACACUUAGAUUAAAUAACAAUGGUCUAAUGGUAAUCCGUUUAAUCUUUAUCGUUUGAUCGAUAAGCUUGUUGCGCUCAUCUUCAAAAAUGUACUAAAGCAGUGAUGAAAGUUAAAUAGAAAAAAUAAAACGAGCUGAGGACUAAGUUAAUCUUUCAUGUGUGUUUAGCGAAUUUUUCCUAUGAUACUCAUUUCUGUGCCUAACUUAGAUUGCUCGCUGUUAUUGUUUGGAAGUUUGUUUUCUUGAUUAUACCCAUUGAUUUCUGUUGGAAACAUUAGCUAAGAUCUAAAGAUACCAAAGUGUCUAUUGGAUUCUCCAUCAUAAAGGCGACGUGCCUUGGAUUGUUUUAAUUUAUUAAUACAGAGACGAAAUCUCCUCCACUUUUAUAAUUUUUGGAAUAAUAUGCACGUGCAUCCAAAUUUCCUGGACUUCGGAGAAUAUAGGAUGAAAAGUAUCAACUUUUAUCGUUCUUAAUAAAGUUCAAAUGCACAAUUAUGACAUACGAAACACAUAGAUAAAUUCAAGCCUUGCACAAGAGGUUCUAGUCUUUAAAAUAAAGAAGACUGAGAUAAGUUUUGUAGCAUAUUAAUAGUGAAUAUAUAUAAAUAAAGAGUACAUCAUAAGUGUGAAAACUAAUGGAUUAUUUAUUAAUUCGUUAUAUCAGCUCCGUAGCUUGUUUGAAAUACGGCCACUCGGAGAAGUUUGUAAAAAAAAAUGUGAUUAAUUUACUUUUCUUGUUUUGUAUGAGAGCUGUAUAAAGAAAUUACAAUGCAGUGUUCAAAAUGUACAUUUUGUAAACUGAUGUAUUUGGUCCGUGAAAUUAAUUAAGUGGUCUUAACCAAAUCUUACUGAUUUGAGUAAGAAAUUCCUUUAACUAAACAUUCCGUUUCAUAAUUAAAUGUUGAUUUACGUGUAAGUCUAGCAAGAAAGAACAAUUAUGUCUCUCGAACAUUAUACAAAUGCAGUUUAAUUAUAUCAUGUAUCGAGACUGUAGAUAAAAUCUAUGUAUGUUAAAAA